AAAAGCUGUGUCUCUGUUUUGAAACGAAGUCAGUGUUUCUGAAACGAAGUGAAAAUUGAAAAGACACAAUUGAACAUCCUUUAAUACUUUACGUACGCGUCCCUGUUUCUUCUUCUUCUUCUUCCUCCUCCUUAGCCGUCCCUGUUUCUUCACCACUGCUUCAACUUAUCCGCCGGCAAAGUACACGUGUCUUCCUUUCUUCACUCUUUCUAGUUCAACCAUUUCUCAACAUGGUUUCUUAACUAAGAUGAAAUACUAAGACCGGACACAUCGGUAAUUAGGUUUGACAGAAAGUGAAUGGAUCACGCGGGUCGUCUUCUUGUUCUUAUUUUGGUCUCUUUGUCAUUAAGAUGUGAAUCAUGGGGUUGGUUUUCAUCGUCUAAAGAGAAACACUAUAGUGAGAGGUCUUAUGGAAAUCAAGCAAAUUUUCGAGGUUCUAGUGCUGAAUUCUCAAUAGAGGCUUUCAAUGAUCCUAAGGGAAUGAAGCUAUUAGAGAAUGCUAAGAAUAAAAUGGUUGGCUCAAAUACUUGUUGGCAGAAUGCUUAUCAACAUCUUUUUACAGGCUGUUCUGAGAUUUUGGCUGUUGAUGACAAAAGGUCUAGAUUAGCUUGGCAUCUGAGUGAUUGCUUUCAGAGGGACUCUGGUAGAGUUUCAUUUCCCCACUGUGACUCAAAAACAUCCAUUGCUACAUGCCUAAAAAGUUUAGAUAGCGUUGCUCAUAGCGUUUAUCUUGAAUUCUACCUUGAAACUAACUCCAUCUGUUACCAAUUACAGACACAUGCAUUCAAACAUGAAACGGAGAGACUUGUGACCGAACUGAAAAGUUCUGCUCAGUAUGUUGAGGACAAGUUAGAAAGUAUUGAAGAGAAAUCAGAACAUCUAUUACAAGGCUCAAAAGAGAUUUCUGAUUCUCUUGAAUAUGUUAAUAAUAAUGCGCACCUAGUAGGUCAAACGGUUAAGAAUGUACAAGGUCAUAUUGAUGUGGUAUUAAGGCAUUCAGAAAGUGUUUACGAGCAAACUAAAAACAUUGCAAUAUCACAAUCACAACUACAAGAAGGACAAGAGCAACUGGGGAGGAACUUAGAAGACGGGGUAGCACUGCUCAAGGAUUCUUAUAGUAAUUUGGGCAAAGAAAUAGAAAAGUUAAGAGACGAAGCCAUUGAAAUUGAGAAUGAGGUAAUCAAAGUUGGAGAUGCUAUGUCAUCAAAGAUGAACACUCUGCAAAGCAAAGCGGAAGAUAUUGAGAAUAUGGCAGGGAUUUCCUUGGAUAAACAACGACAACUUUUAGAUGGACAAUCCACAGCACUCCGGGGCCUAAAUUCAUUGAAUGAGGUUCAACUCAAGGCUUUAGAGGAAAGCAGAAAAAGCCUACAAUAUUUUGCUGAAUACGGACAUAGGCAACAAGAAGAGCUUCUACGGAGGCAGGAACAAAUACAAGGGCUUCACAAUCGGUUAAUGGAAAAUUCAAAAACUAUACUGUAUGCUCAGGAAUCUUUUGAAGAAAAGCAAGCUACCAUGUUGAUUGUUUUGGAUAAAAUCUUUGCUUUGCAAAAUGCCAUGUUGCUUGAAUCACUACAACAAACAAGACCUUAGACAGCGCU